CGAAAACGUAUUGGGAUUCAAAAGUGACGAUGUCUGUCUUUUUUCCUUCCCAUACAGCCUGAAACUAGGAUCAACUUCGACUCGCUGAAGACGAUCGUUGAUAAAAUGAGCUUGCUCACUACCGGUAACGAUGGUCUAGGUGAUGGCACCGAUCUGCCGCCGGCAGGAACAAGCACGCCCACCCUCCGAAACGAAUCUCCCACUCUCCUUUCGAACCAAGAGGUCAUCGAAGAAUUUAUCCUAGCUCUAACCAUUUGCAACACGGCUGUCGUUUCAGCAACCAAAAAUUCCGCUUCAUUGUUUCAAGUACCCAAUCGCCGUCGUGGUUUGAAAGGUAGGUUACGUGCUAGUCCGCUUCUGCCUGCUGCCCGCCGCGGUAGGGUUAGGAAGAAGCCACCUUCAGACACCAGCUCCGUGAAACAUGCCCUCAGUUUGGGUUCACUUUUCUCACGAAAACGACGACAGAACAAACCAGAAACAGUCACAGCGCCACAAUUCGAACUGGCUGAGGAAAUUUGCGAGGAGCAAAGUGAACAAACGACAGUUGACACGCCACCCGAGGGCCCAGUCACAACCCACCAAAGCCCUGAUGUUGCGGAGGCCAGUAGUUCAACUGUGUCGCCCUUCGGCGUUCCUCAGCUCGUACUGCCGGUGGAUGUGUCAGACCAACAACCUUUGAGGGCGCUUGGCCCUGCACACAAACAGACCUCAAGUCAAAGUCUUCCUCCUGUUGUCCAAGGAUUAACUUUGGACUUACCGACGCCUCGGCCGUUGCAUGGGAAGCGAAUCGAAGGGAAACGGAAGCAGCAAAAAGCAUCUCGUGCAGUAGAUGUAUUACAAUGGCGUGUCCCUUUUUCUGACCCCGAUGAAUCUAUGGACGACUUUGUCUCACGUUCGUAUGUUUCUUUGGAUAGUCAGAACAGUACGCCACAGGCACCGAGAUCCAAAACAGAUGCCGACGGAGUGGAGCUCAGGCAGGCGGUGAGUCGUAAAUUCACUGUAGUCGCCCAUGAUGGAUCCGUCUACGAGUUGCCCAUUGGGGAUGACAUUGUUGUUCCGGCGGCUGCAGAAUCUACGGCCUGUUGCCCACUGUCUGACACGACCCUGUAUGCAUCUUAUGAAUCGGAGAGUCCGGACGAAUUGUCUCUGGUCAAAGCAGCCUGUCGUCAAGGCUGUAAACUGUUGCAACGAGGUCUAGACUUUGUACUUAUUUGGCUCCCGACUUUUGCCUUAACUCACUGUUAUUUUGCUCUUGUAGACGUCGCUGAAACAAGACGACUGGAAAUAACUCGAAUGCAUGUUGAUGAGUUCUCGCGAGCUGGACUGCGCACUUUGGUGGUGGCAAAGCGGGUAGGUGAUACGUUUAUUCUUGUGGAUCGACUCAGAAUCUCAUGUUAUUUUCGAUGUUCCUGUGGUGUUCCGAUGUACCGUUCGCAGAAAAUAUACGAGUUGCUAUUCAAUAUGUUCAUUUUCCUUCUGCUUCUACUCAUCUGGUCAGGUGUGACAGGUAUCGAGGAUCGAUUACAAGAAGGCGUACCUGAAACCAUCGAGUGUUUACGAGAGGCCGGCAUCCACGUGUGGGUCCUCACGGGCGACAAACAAGAAACCGCGGUGAAUGUGGCUCAUGCGGCUCACCUGAUCACUGACGAACAUAAGCUGAUUUAUAUCAAUGCAUCCUCCAAGACACGGACGGGCUACCUAAUCAACUGUCACUUGCAUUCUUUAUUAUUCGGACAUCCAUGGCCUCAAUGUGACGAAAUCAACGAUGUGGUUAGUGAUGACCCUGAUAUUGAUUCCUCUUCGUCCUACUCCUCCCCUUCCCCGUCGCUGAACGGUUUUUCCCGAACCUCGGUCAACUUCAAUCACGUGAGCACACAUUCGAACCCCAGGCAUGUUCGCGUCUGUUCGCCCCCGACGCAGGUUUAUGAUCGUCUCCAACUGUCAAACGGUCGGUCGAAUCGCCGAAUUACCCGGUCCCUAUCGGAAAGUCGUGCACCGCCUCGGCGUCCACGAAGACGACCUCGUUUGAAGAAGCGUAUGCACAUCAGAAAUCUGCAGAGGCGUCGGGCGUCUAUUGAGACCUCCAAACUCGCACUCGUGAUUGAUGGAGAGACACUUCAGUUCGCCUUGGAAGAGGAUAUGAAAGGAAGCUUCCUUCGACUCGCGCGACUUUGUACAAGUGUUUUGUGUUGCCGUUCCACACCAUCACAAAAGGCUAGUGUUGUCAGCUUGGUAAAGAAAGGAUUAUCCGUACAGACACUGGCGAUUGGCGAUGGGGCAAACGAUGUCAAUAUGAUUCAAGUCGCUGAUGUUGGAGUGGGGAUCGGUGGCGAGGAAGGAAUGCAAGCGGUGAUGGCAUCCGACUUUGCAAUCAGUCGAUUUCGCUUCCUCCGUCGCCUGGUCCUUGUGCAUGGGCAUCUGUGUUACGAAAAAUUGGCCCAUACUGCUCUCUAUCUAUUCUACAAAGAUGGUGUGUACAUAUUCCUACUAUUUUGGUUUCAACUUUUCAACGGUUUUUCCGGAAGCAAUGCAGUUGAUCAACUAUCCCAAAUUCUCUUCAGCAUCACAAUGACUGGAUUGCCUCCGUUCUUGAUGGGCAUAUGGGACAAUCCUAUUGACCCUGAUACACUGAUGCAGAACCCUGUGCUCUACAGGUCCGGAAUUAAAGGCAAGGCCUAUCGCCCGUGGUUGUUUUGGAUCAACAUCCUCGAUGCUGUGUGGCAGUCCCUGAUCAUCUUUUUUAUACCUUACUUAUUUCAUGCGGACAAUACCAUGACUUUAUGGCGCUUCGGAGUAUUACAGAUGAACAUUUUGGUACUGUGCGCGUUGAUCCAUGCCGCAUUGGAAACUAGGACAUGGGUCUAUCUCCAUUGGAUCGGACUGAUUUUCAGUUAUUUGUUUGCCUGGGUUUUCUUCACCAUGGUCUAUCACGCUCUAGCUGUGAGGGGAAUCUCUCCGGAGAAUCCAUACUUUGUGAUAUUUGUGGCCAUGAACGACGGUACUUUCUGGCUUCUCACUGUAAUUACGACGGUAGCUGCGCUCCUGCCCAGAAUGUUGUUCAUCACACUGAAUAACAUGCUCAACCCCAGUUUGGACACCGUCGCCAAUCUGAUGACGAAGAUAUACGGUCGCGGGAAACGGUUGCCACUGGAGGCCUACUUAGCUGGAUUCCCUGUCAGUCUGUCUCCAGUUAAGCGUCAUUCACCUGUUGAUGGAAUUAGUAUUUCCUCAGGUCUUUCACACAUCACCCUGCCUGCUACGACCCCUAACGGCUUACAGGUUGAAGGCGGCUCGCAACCAUCGUUGCCCAGUGCUAAUAUGGAGGACUUAGAAACGCCAACACACUUUAUAUCCCGUAUGGAACAGUUGUUCAAUGUAGGCGGACGUUUAUUCCGUGGUGUUCCACCGUCCUCCCAUUUGCCGUCCACGGCAGCCCCGGUUAGUCCUAUAUCAAUGAUCAAUCUGCGUCAUUCACCUGGCUUUGCGAUUGACUCUCGUCGACGUAGACGACGAACGCAAACAAUCAAUUACGGCUAUGAUCGACCCAGUGUUCGGUAUGGUACAAGAGGUUCGAGCAACUUUGACGAUGAGGCUGGACCACCUUCAACUCCAGGUAUUUGGCCUGCCGUCGAUCCUCAUGUACGUGCACAAUCCCUCAGUGGGCCACGACAUCUUGGACACCGAAAUCGACCAGCUAUUGAUGACGAAAUAUUCUUCGGUCCACACACCACUCUACCCAGAGUAUCAACUCGGACAGACCCCAACCUGCUUUCACAAACUCCGCCAUCUGGUUCAUCAAUGCAGGUCCAAGUAGAUCUGACGCCAUACUUUUCUUCCAUCGAACACGAGGAUCCACCACCGCCGUACUACUCUUCAGGGACAAAUGACUGAAAAUUCCACGAAUUCAGUGGGGGUUUUUUUCUACAUAGUAUUUUCGGGCCAGUGCAUCUGUUUGUUUCAUAACAUUCCCUACGCCAUUUUUCUGUAUCAUAUACAAGAAUAGCUUUUUUUUUCUUAUUUUCGCACCGCUCCAACGGAGGGUCUACUUGUCAUAGGAACGUUGUUUACAAUCGUGAAUCAUGUGCUAGAUCUAUGCCCAUCACUUCACUGCGUUCCCAGGGGUUUUGAUACUUGUUUUUUUCACUGAUCAUACGAACAUCAGUUUGUGUUCACCUACGUGGUCUAUUCUUCUCGGUUUCUCUCACUCAAAGGAUACCGAAUACCCUCAAUUCCCUCAUAUGGUCCACUACAUACGCCUUCCCUUCAUACUCUCUCAUCCACCAAGUUUCAUUCCAUUCUACCUUUGCUCAUUUUCCUCAUCGUUGAAUACGUCGAAUAUGUACAUACGAUAUUCCCGCUGCCAGAUGUUUGUGAAGUCACUUGCUGUGAUCUCACUUUAUUUGCUGUCUACGGAAAGUGGUUGAUUCUUCAUCUUAAAAGAUAUUUUGACAUUAUAGACCAUGUUGGUUCGCCAUUAUUUCACUUCUAGAUAUGUUCUUGCAAA